GACGUGCGUCAUGCAAGUCGCAACAGUGCGCAGCCUUAGGCGCGAAAUACAGAGAGACGGUGGUGUCGAACAUGCGCAACGAAGAUGCGCGAUCACUGGGCGUGCAGCAACACCUGGCGCGAUGGGGUUACCGGAGAAGGCCGCAAGCGCAGGUCGCGAAGGGCUCGCGCGAGUGGCAAGUGGCGCGGGCGGCCCGCACAAGUUGCCUCUCGCGUGCGGGCCGCGAGGGAGAGGACAAUGGAAUCUAUGAAACAGUUGUUUACUCCGUGGGAACUAGCUGCAUGGACAACGGCAUUUCCCCCACUUUGGGCGAGACCGCUCAUGCGGCCCUCGGGGGUGGGUUUGCAAAGAUCUUGAGCCAAAGACUACCACCAUACGAACAAUACACUGGCCG